GAGGAGUCCAACGUGGGUUUGAGUGGAGAGAAGACCGAGAGCGAGAGAGAGAGGCGCGAAGGGGGCGGGGCUAGGAAUGGAAAGGCGGGGCUUGGCUAUCGAGAGCGAGAGAUAGAGUUGGUGAUAGGGGCCAGGCGUUUUGAUUGACAGCUGGAAGGGAGGAGGGAAAGCGCUGAGGGGAAAGUUGCGGAGGCGGAGAGAAAGCCUCUGAGGGAGAAAAAGGUGUCUGUCUGCGAGGAAAGGACAAGAAAGAGGAAAGGCCGAGGGCUGGCAUAAAUAGGAGUGGGAGAAAGAGAAGAAGGAGGAACUUUUUGAGGCGAGACACGUGGAAACGUUUGGUUUCCCUCCCGUUACGAAGAAGUGACACCGGGAGGAUUGGCUUCCCCUCAGAAGUUGCCAUGGUCUGAGCGGAGGAGGAGGAGGAGGAGGAGGCGCGCCGAGGUUCCCUCUUCAGGACUCGACGGAACAGUGUGGACUUCCAAAAUGGCGGGGCCGGGAUGGGGCCACUUGGGGUCCCUUUCGAGGCGACGGUUUCCUCUCCUCCUCUUGCUGCUCUUCUUCCGGACCUCCGCCGCCGCCUCCUCGCUCUGCGAAGCCGACUCCUGGGGCUGCUCCUGCCUUGGCGGCGGGCGGGUGGACUGCAGCCACCGAGGGCUCCGGACUAUGCCGGGCGCCCUGCCCACUUGGGCCCUUCACCUAAACCUGAGCCACAACAAGUUGACAGAGAUUGAUCCUUCUGCAUUUGCAAAGCUGCCAAACCUACAGGAGGUGAGACUGAAUAACAAUGAACUGACAGCUAUUCCUUUUCUGGGAGCAGCUUCAGCCCACAUAACUUCCCUGUACCUGAAUCGCAACAAGAUCCAUAGCAUUGAAGCAAGCCAACUGGAGCCUUAUGUUGCCCUGGAAACAUUGGAUCUGAGCUCAAAUAACAUCACAGAAAUCCGAAGUGGCUGUUUCCCAGUCGGGCUCCAUAUAAAGGAACUCUCUCUGGGGAGCAACAGAAUCAGCAUCCUGGAGACCAAGGCUUUUGAUAGCCUGUCGGAAUCCCUGCUAACACUUCGCCUGAGUAAAAACAGGAUCAGCCAGAUUCCUGUUAAAGGAUUCAAGCUGCCCAGACUAAUGCAACUAGAACUAAACCGAAAUCGCAUUCGUCAGAUAGAUGGCCUGACAUUUCAAGGCCUGGAUAGCUUAGAAGUUCUGAAGUUGCAGCGUAACAACAUAAGCAAGCUGACAGAUGGAGCUUUCUGGGGUCUGGCAAAAAUGCAAGUUCUCCACCUGGAGUACAAUGCUCUUGCAGAAGUGAACAGUGGCUCCCUGUAUGGCCUUGCAUCUCUUCAACAGAUUCAUCUCAAUAACAACUUGAUAUCGCACAUCAGCCCUGCUGGAUGGAGCUUCUGUCAGAAGCUGACUGAACUGUCAUUGUCUUUUAACAACCUAACCAGACUGGAUGAAGGAAGCUUAGCUGACCUGGGAGGACUACAAAUACUCCAGCUCAGCCACAAUUUCAUCAGCCAUGUUGCAGAGGGAGUCUUCAAGGGACUCAAAAGCUUGCGCGUUUUGGAUCUGGAUCAUAAUGAGAUUUCAGGCACAAUAGAAGACAUCAGUGGGGCCUUUACAGGCCUGGAACACUUAAGCAUGCUAACUCUGUUUGGAAACAAGAUCAAGUCUGUGGCCAAGGAGGCAUUCUCAGGCUUGGAGGCCCUGGAACACCUGAACCUUGGAGCUAAUGCCAUAAGGUCUGUUCAGGAGGAUGCAUUUGCCAAGCUGAAGAACCUGAAGGAACUCCACAUAAAUAGUGAGAGUUUCCUGUGUGAUUGUCAGCUUAAAUGGUUGCCAUCGUGGUUAACCAAGAAGGAGCUACGACCAUUUGUGGAAGCUACCUGUGCCCACCCAGAGUCAUUAAAGGGCAGAAGCAUUUUCGAUGUGGUGCCAGAAAGCUUUGUGUGUGAGGAUUUCCCAAAGCCCAAGAUCAUUGUUGAACCAGAAACUACAAUGGCUGUCCUCGGCAAGGACAUCCGCUUCACCUGCUCCGCUGCCAGUAGCAGCAGUUCCCCCAUGACCUUUGCUUGGAAGAAGGACAGUGAAAUCCUACACCAUGCGGAGAUGGAGAACUUUGCCCACGUUCGAGCCAGCGAUGGGGUUGUGAUAGAGUACACCACCAUCCUCCACUUGCGCCAUGUCACUUUCUCCCAUGAGGGUCGCUACCAAUGCAUCAUUACCAAUCAUUUUGGUUCCACCUAUUCUCAUAAAGCUCAGCUUACUGUUAAUGUGUUGCCCUCCUUCCUGAAAACUCCUUAUGACAUUGCAGCCCGGACAGGGACAACAGCCAGGCUAGAGUGUGCCGCUGGUGGUCACCCUACUCCCCAAAUUGCUUGGCAGAAGGAUGGAGGCACUGAUUUCCCUGCAGCUCGUGAGCGCCGGAUGCAUGUCAUGCCCGAUGAUAAUGUUUUCUUUAUCACCGAUGUAAAGAUUGAGGACAUGGGCAUUUACAGCUGCACGGCUCAGAAUUCUGCUGGUUCUGUGUCAGCAAAUGCUACUUUGACAGUGCUAGAGACUCCAAGUUUAGUUCAUCCCCUGGAAGAUCGAGUUGUAUCUAUUGGGGAAACAGUGGUUCUGCAGUGUAAAGCAACAGGAAGCCCACCUCCACGCAUCAACUGGCUAAAGGGCGAUCAGUCUCUAAUGGUCACUGAAAGGCAUCACUUUACCCCGGGCAAUCAGCUGCUUAUUGUCCGGAAUGUUAUGAUGGAAGAUGCUGGAAAAUACACUUGUGAAAUCUCAAAUACAGUUGGGACAGAACGGGCACAUAGCCAAGUUAGUGUCCUGUCUUCGCUGGAAUGCCGAAAGGAUGGAACCACUGUUGGGAUCAUUACUAUCGCUGUAGUAUGUAGCAUCGUGCUGACCUCUUUGGUUUGGGUGUGCAUCAUUUACCAAACCAGAAAGAAGAGUGAAGAAUACAGUGUCACAAACACAGAUGAGACCAUUGUACCUCCUGAUGUGCCAAGCUAUCUAUCCUCUCAGGGAACACUGUCAGAACGGCAAGAAGCAGUGGUCAGAGUGGAAAGUGGCCAACAGCCUAAUGGACACCUACAGAGCAAUGGAGUUUGCCAUACGGAUAGAGGGAGGGAUCCAGAGGCCGAUCCUCACCCUGUUGUUUACCGGCAGCCAAAGCUAUGCUUAGGCUACAACAAAGAGUCUUGGAAAGGAGAAGAUCUAGCUGACAGGAUGCUUGUUGCAGACAAGACAGGCUAUGGCCUUCCAGCUGUCUACACCAAUUGCAGUGGCAGCACAGACAGUAUGAGUGUCACCAUUUUCCCCAAGGAUCUGGAUUAUUACACUCUGCCUGCAGAAACGAUGCCUCCAAACGCUUCCAAGGAGUCCAGCAGGGCCUGCGACAGCAUCCCUGUGGCUAACUGUCCUAGUCCUCCAAAGUGUAAUGGAAGUACGAAUACCAGGAACAACCCCUAUGUUGGUGACACUAUCUAUCCCAGCAAUCAUGACAGGAUACCAGUAGCGAGCCCCAGCAAGCCACCUAACGCAGACAGCAAAGGUUCUUCACCGCCUUUAGGAAAACCUUCUGAGCCUCAUGGCCUCUUGAUGCCUCCUGAGGGGUCACUUGAACCCCUAAAAGGGAGACCUGAACUUUCUCAGACUUUAGCAGAGGAAGCAGAGGCGAAGCAAAGGCUCCUUCUUCUCCCCAAUGGACACUUACCGAGAUCAUGUGACUCCUUCCACGAGUCAAGCCACUGAAAAGAUUGCCACACUUGUGUGCAAGUGGAAUAUGGGACAUUUCUAGCAAACCUGCAGGAUCUCUUUGCACGGAACUGUCUAAGGCUACUUCUACCUCAAGUUCUGAAUGAACGGCUUGUCAAAGGAAAGGAAAAGAAAAAAGGAAACACAAUGAGGUAUCAGAAGCAAGCUUGCGCGGGGUUACAAAGCCUUGUCUAAAUGGUGCCCACUUGUACAUAAAUAGUUUUUAAAACUUCGUUGAGAAGUAUUUGUGGCUCACACGUCAGCUUGCCUAUAAAGCACAGAAAUGCAAAUGGCUAUGGUGUAAAGUGAACAGAAAAAAGUAUUUGAUAACAAAGUUUGUACAUAAGAGUUUUCAUAUAUGUAAAUCUAUCUAUCUAUAUUAUAUAUGUAUAUCUUCUAACAGAGACUAUUUUAUUCCCUUGGUGCAUGACUGAACUGAGUGAAAUGAUGCAAUGUGGACAGUAGACAUUGUUUUCUUGCUAUAAGGUGGUUGCUGGGGUUUUGUUUAACACACACACACCAUACAUACCAGGAACUAUUCUGAUGCCUUGGAUGGAACUCUAAGGAAAGAGGCCCAUCAUGUUUAAAUAGGGAAUACUUUGCUGGGGAUUCUCCCACCCCCCACUCUUUUCAUUAGCAAGCCCUGGGUUGUUUUAUUAGCUAAGAUUUCUCCUCAGAAAUGCCACCUUCAGAGUACAGUCCUCUUAACAGGUCCACUCACCCCAAGUUCCAUGAUAUUUAUUCCCAAUGUGCAGCAUUUUAGAAGUUUAGACUAAUACAUUAUUUCAGAAAACAUGGGAAUGUUCUUUUUUGGGAGGUGGUAGCUUCCAGUAUCCACAAGCUAACAGGGCCAGCAGAGCUGUUGUCCAGAAAAGUAACUUUUUCAAGCUCAGAGCCAAGAUUAUGCAAAAUGCUCUUGGUUUAUAUGAUUAAACUGAUGUACUUUGGCACAACUUUCCUUUGGUGCAGUUGGAUCCAUACCAGCAAGAGGUUGGUAGCAACUUGAUUUCUUUUUCUUUUAAGUAGUGGUUAAAUGUUAUAAUUCCUAGUAUGGACAAUAAUGGCCAUACGUAACUUCAAACCAUAUUUUAGAUCACAACCUAGAUCUAUUUAAAUGCUAACCAUUCUCUGUACUAGGCAAUGAUGUGUGCCUACCUGCAGAACACUAUCCGUUGUUAUAUAUACUUCAAAAAGUAGCAAGCAAAAGAUGAUUAGUAAUUGCCAAUCAUUUCUUAACCUCUUGAAGGCCCCCUAUUUUUAUCAUGGCAUCUUCCCCAUCCUGUGGGGAUAUUAGAUUAUGUCACUAAUAUUUAGGUUUUCCUCUGAUAUCAUAUUCACCCAGAGAUAUUUCUUUUAAUUUUUGGAAUCCAGAAUGUUAGUGAGUUUUCUGUCUGGAUUUGAAGAAACUUCUCUCUGAAUUAUGGAAAGACUUUUGAUUUAUGUUUCUCUGAGGAAAUAGAUGGGGAGCAAGCUAUUCAAAAAUAUUGUAACAACAAAGGCUGCUGUUUUUAUUUAAUUUCAUUAGGAUAAAAAAUACUGCUAUCAGUAACAGAGAGCUAUCAGUCACCUAAGCACUAUUAUAUUGCAAAAAAAAAUGCAAUGUGAACACACAGAGGAAAAAGCAAGUUUGAUAUAGAGCAUUUUAUUUAUAAAUUCUGCUGCUUCUCUUAAAUGUUUCUAUCUGUGUAUUACAAACAAUUAUGAGGGAAAUUAUAUUUUAAAUCAGGCAUGGGCAAACUUCGACCUUGGUGUUUUGGAUUUCAACUCCUACAAUUCCUAACAGGCAGCCCAUUGUUAGGAAUUGUGAGAGUUGAAGUCCAAAACACCUGGAAGGUCGAGGUUUGUCCAUGCCUAUUGUAGAUCUAAACAGAAAGCUUUUGAAUUUAAGUUAUGAUCUAGGCCAGAAUGGCAUUUCAUGUUUUUCCCACCCAGAAUUUAAGAGUUAAGAUACACUUGAGAGUUAAGAGAGCUAAAAUGUUGCAGUGGUUUGAGUGUUGGAUAAGGAUAAUGGGAGACCCAGGUUCAAAUAUUCACUCAGCCAUGAAAACCUGCUGGCCAAGCUGCAUCCUCUCAGCCUCAGAGGAAAGCAAAGGCAGAUACGUUUUCAACCCAAAAUGUACCUAAGAAACCAUGUGAUGGCAUCGCCGUAAAUCAGGAAUAAUUUGAAGGCACAUACCAACGAAGCCAUGACUUAAAGGCCAGUUUCAGAGACAUCAAACUAGGGAGGUAAGAAAUCCCAGUUUAGAACAGUGUGAGGAAGAGGUUCCUUAGAGACUCGUGACUGUCUAUGGGACAGGCUCAGUCUCGCUCUCAAUGCCAGUGGAAGCUUUUAGUUGACCUUUUUUUCACAUUUAAGUGAGGCAUUAUAUCACUCUGUCUCAAUACCUCUUGUCACUAAAUAGUGGGAGCAUGAGGCCAGGGUAGGGUGCAUUUACACUGCAAGAUGAAUGCAGUUUGACACUGCUUUAAUGGCCAUGGAAUGCUGCCAAAGAGUGCUAGUGCCUCAUCCAACUAUAUAUCCUAAAAUUCCAUAGCAUUGAGCCAUGGCAGUUAAAGCAAUGUCAAACUGCAUUCAUUCCACAGUGUAGAUGAACCCAAAGUUACUCCUUGACAGGAGUAUAUAUUUUUCUUCCCAUCGUUGGUACUGUUGUACUAUACUUGCAUAGGAAGCAGCCCAUUGUUUGGGUAGCAGUCCAUCAUUUAUGAAUGUUUUACUGUCUUGUUUUGGGUCCCCCCCCCCCCCAAGCUUUUCUGGAUCAAGAAAGCUAGCGGAUUUCACAUUUCCCCCCGAAGUUGGGUAGAGCAUGUAUUUUGUACCUCCAUUAAAACAACUCUAACUUCUCUCCGCUCUUUGAUGAAGGUGUGCAAUUGUAAAGCAAAGACUCAGUGCAACAUUUAGCCAGCUAUCAAUCUCUGUCACUUCUUGACAGGAGAUGCACUUGCACUUUCUGGUAGGUGGCUAAUUUUGUGAGGUGCCAAUUCAUAGCCAUUCAGUCACAUUAAGACUAGUAAUAAAUGACUGGCCAUGGGGGAAACACAAAAAGAUUCAGGGUGCCUUUUCCAUCAAGGUAAUGUAAAAAAAGCAGAGGGUAGGUGUGGAGUUAGAGAAUAAGCUUUUAAAGAGUGGCAAAAUAGGAGUUUUAGGUUGAGUGUGGAACAUCUACACAGAGAAGCAUAGGAAAGAGGUAUCACUGUUGGAAACAUUAAGCACCAAGCACACUUGCCACCUAGACAUUUUUUAAAAAAAUAUUGUAUUUUUGGAUAUGGUUAACUGUUCAUUCUAAUGUUACUUCCACUAAAUAUGUGAAUCUGCUGCUUCUGAGAGGCAAUGUGAAAGAGGAAGUAUUACUUUUGUGUACAAAGUUAUUUAUUUAUUAGAAAAGUUUUGGUACAAUGUUGUACAUUGAGAAGUACAUUGUAAAAAUAUUGAAAGUGUCUAACAAAUGGCAUUGAAGUGUCUUUAAUAAAGGUUCAUUUAUAAUAUUA